GCGAGCGAGUGUAUGUUACUCUCAGUCUCUCCACACUCUGUGCCGCUUCUCUCUCGUGCGGUCCUCUCAGUAGCUUUCAGCUGGUUUAGUGAUGGAUCAGUAGCAUCCUGAACUCCUCUCAAACCUCACGCAGCCCAAUGAGCUGCUCUGGGAAUACAGCCUGAUACAAGCACAGCUUUUACCUCCUCGCUGGAUGAGAUUAGUCACAAUUCAACAAGAUGGAUCUUUCAUUUAUGGCAGCACAGAUCCCGGUUAUGACUGGAGCGUUUAUGGACUCUUCGCCCAACGAUGACUACAGCGCCGAGCACUCCCUCUUCAACUCGUCUGCCAGCGUGAACGCAGCCCCCAUAGUCCCAGUGCAGACGCAGCACGACGAGCAGCAGCACAUGUCCAGCGAUGCUAUCUGGCUGUGGAUCGCCAUUGUUGCCACCAUUGGGAAUAUUGUGGUUGUGGGAGUGGUUUACGCAUUCACUUUCUGAUCCCUCCAUUCACAGAGGCUUCACUGCAGCCCAGCUCUAGAGGCUGAGGCUGUGCUGAAUUAUACAUAUACUGUCUACUGGCAGAGAUAUUGUUUAUUCGGUUCUUAGCUAAACCAAUCCCCGCAGAUGAAACCUUCCCACCGACACCUCUAUCUGGAAGCCUCCAAACCUCAUGCAUUAAUGAGCAGUGUCCUUGUGUAUAGAGGAUGUUCAAAGGAAUUAAAUGGGCUUUACGGAUUGGACCUACUUAAAUGUUCCCCGGAGGUAUGAGAAGCAAUUAAGAGAAGUGCUGCUCAAUUAUUUGGAUGAAGGGGCCGCAAAUCUUUAAACAUUAAAGCGAAUCAGGUCACUGCUGUGGCAUUAUUUUAAGUCAUGAACGUACUUGUUUUGCUGGCAAAGGAUUUCAGAGGGUGUUUUGCUUGAUAUAUAGUAGUAGUUUGUAGAUGAACUGACAGCUUAGUUUCGUUAUCAUGGUAAAAUAGUAAGAGAAUGUGUCCUAUUGCAAUACAGGUACUGUAAAAAAAAAGGUCUUAAAGUCUUAAAGAAACAACAAAAUGUCUUAAAAUACAGACAUAAAUGUAUAUAAAGUGUACACAAAAAAAUUGUGCAAUUUAUACAAACAUAUUUGCUGCAUUUUGUUCGUAUAUAAUGAUUGACAAGGAGCUCCCGUUCACUGGUGGUGCUGUUUUGCAAAUACACAACCCAGCAAAGAUGAAUUGUGAAAAGAGUGCUGCUUUUCUCUGUUAUGGAGCUUUUAAAGCAGAACUUAAUGUAAUGAAAACUCAUAGAGAAACAAUACAACCUUCACAUUCUACUACUGCUAUGUUUAGAUUAUUGUUUGGGUGAGGGGACAUUUAAUUUUAGGUUUAGAUUUAGGUUUGAGGUGUGGAUGCUUUGUAACAUUCUCUGUUCAAAUCAUUUGUUUUCAGCUUUCCAAGGUUGCGUCAGAAAACGGUGUCAGAAAACAUCAAUAUAUUGAAGUAUUGUGAUAUUUCAUUUUGCAAUACUGUAGCAAUUUACAAAAACACAGUAUCAGAUUUUAAGUUUAAUUAGUUUAGUUGUAAAGAUUGGUGUCAGAUAUGUUUCAUUUUGUGAUUGCAGUGUUGUACUCUUCCAUUUCUUCAGAUACCACUGUUCUGAUUGAAAAAGAAAGUAAACUGAUCUUUAACUUAGAUUUUAUAAAGAUGAUAGUAUGUUUUUUACACUAUAAGAGUUUUCCUGAAAUUUGAUAGCCCUUGAGGAUUGACCUAUAUUUAGUACACAUUGUACAAAUCCUGAUAUCAUCUUUUAGUUGCAUAUGUACUAAUUCCUCUUUGAGACCGAGCUGAGCAAAAAACAAGGAGGAUUUUGAAUCAAAAGCCACAGUUUUGUGAACGACUGCCAAAACUUUUCGGAACAGAUUGCAUAAGCAAAGCACUAUCUUGCACCAGGCACUUUCUCCCACCCUCUCUUCAAAUUCAGAGCUGAAGCUCAUUUCUGUCUGUGUUGUUCACCGAGAAAUCUUGAUGGCUUACGCAUUCGGAGAAUUGACUUCGAUCAGUGUAGGUCCAGUUGUUACCAAGGCAAUUAAUCCUCCCUAAUUACAGACUUUAAACGACUCUUCCCCAGCCAGAGGAAAGAAAUCUACUGAUGGAGACAUCCUGGCUCUUAGAUAUCUUAUUUUUUCAGCCAGCUGUUCCCCUUAUACUGGAAGAGGACUGUGUGUGUGGUGGGGGGGUAUACACUGGAGAAGCCAUAAGCACACAUUGUGUCCUCUUACAGAUGUACUUAAGACUGGGUUGCCAUGGAGAAGGCCAGAAGGGACACAUUGAGAUUUGUAGUAAUGGUCCUGCACAGUGCCAGACCUCUAGUGGGUUCUUGGAGGGAAAUCACUAGAGCUUUGCUUUGGAGUCAAAUCGAUGGCCAGGGCUCCACAAAAACAAUGUGUAUGAAUAUAUUGGAAGUUUUGGUCAUCUCUUAACAGAAAUGUACAAUGUUUUUAAUGUCCAAUAAAUUAAACAAACAAUAUUUGGAAUAUUAAACUCACAUUAAUUUUGUACAUGACUGAAUUCAGUUCUGAUUGAUUAAGAGACUUGCUUCAUUAGGUUGACACUUAAUCUUUCAACAAGACAAUGGUCUGAAGAAUCAUACAGCCUAAAACAACACUGGAGUGGCCUACUUUGAGCCAAGUCUCUGAAUGAAUGUCCUUGAGUUCCCCAGUCAACAUCCAGACUUAAACCCCAUUGACCAUCUGUGAAGGGACCCAAAAAAUGCCAAUUCACAGAUGCUCACCAUCCAAACUGACAGAGCUUCAGAGCAUCUGCCAUGAAGAAUUUGAUGGACUGCCCAAAUCCAGGUGUGCAAUGCUUGUAGAGACAUAUUUGCAUAUUUGCAAGAAGAUUUACAGCUUUAACUGAUACUGCUUCAUAAGAGGCUUCUACAAAGUACUAAAUAAAAUAUUCUGAAUACUUUUA